AUGUCCAAAACCCUCGCUCUUCUGGCCGUUCUGACCUCAGCUGUCUUUGCUUGUGAUCCCUUCCCCAACGGGACCGAUACAAAAUUGAAUUGGUACACUUGUCCUGCUUCCAACACACCAAUCAAGAGCCUAAAGAUCACCAACAAAGAUCGUACGUUAAAAAAGGAUUUUAAGAAUAUGAAUUUGCAGACCAAGAAGUGUAUCCAGUGAAACUGAGCGAGAAAUUGUAUGUCCAUCUAAAUGUAGAUAAUUCCGAAGAUCAUAACGACAUCCGAUUAGAUAUUGAAGUUCACAGCUGGGGUGGAUGGACUGGCUGCAGUUGGCACAAGGUCCCUACCUUCGGAUUACUGUAAGUGUCAUAUCAAAUUCAUAAUAGAUGAACCAUUAUUCAAGGAGUAACUUGAACGCAUGCGAGCAUGGAGUUCCUUGUCCAAUCAAAGCCGGCACACAAGAUCUGACCAUAGAAAUUGACUUCUCCAAAUACGCGAAGAUAAUCAAGGCCCUCAAAGACGAUGCUCCUUACCAGAUUACCUACAAACUGACUGACCGAAGAACCACUAAGGUAACCUGUUCCGUGGCUCAGGCUCGCGCCCGAACCAAGGUUGAAGCCUAA